AUGCUCGCAAAGGUCUUCAAGACCCAAUUCAUUCGUCGUGCUGCUUCACCUGCGAUUCUCGAAAGCCUCACUCGCGCUCCAGUCCCGAGCCUCCGCAGCGCUCUCCAGCGUCCUGGCACCGAUACCGGUAGCAGCCGCAUCCCUCUUCUUGGUCCGCUCACGAUGUCGACCUCCUCUCUUGCAGCACAGGAUCCAUCCGCGAGGACAAUAACUACCCGCACCGCCAUGCGUCAGAACAAGCUCGUCGUUUCUGCCCCUGCAUCCGUUUCGCGGCUCACCGGCAACGAACCGCAGCUCGAAACCAUGCAAGGAGCACAAGAGCUUCUCGAACAGCUCAAACCCUCAUUUAUUUCGCAACACAGCUUGCAAGCCAUCGGACUGUCAGGGCGACAGCUGCCGCUCUUAACAAAGGACGAAAAGGUCAUGCCGUACCUCUUCAACGCAGCUGGUGUACGCUACGUCCAACCACAUCCAAACGGCGAUCCCUCGCAACGAUUCCUUCUCCUCAACGUCCCCUCUUCGUCACCCACACCCGACGUCAUCGUCUCCACCAUCUCGCAGCAUAACCUCGAGCACAUUCCCAGCUUCGAACUUUCCCUCGGCUACGACAACCUCUCAUCCGAUCAGAUACUCGAAGCUCUCCUGCCCUCCACCAUCGUUUCCGCCGACGGCGUGCCCACGGGCUUCACCAUAGUCGGACACAUCGCCCACCUGAACCUACUUCCGACAUACCUUCCCUUCCGCUACCUCGUCGGCUCCAUCAUCCUCUCCAAACACGCGCCCGCACUUCGAACCGUCGUCAACAAACUCGAUUCCAUCGACACCGAAUUCCGUUUCUUCCAGAUGGAGCUUCUCGCCGGAGAGCCCGAGUACAUCGCUCGAGUCAGCGAGAGCGACUGCACGUUCGAAUUCGACUUCAGGACGGUGUAUUGGAACUCGAGGUUGCAUGCCGAACACAUGAGGCUGAUCAGGAAGUGCAGACCGAACCAGGUCUUGGCGGAUGUGAUGGCAGGUGUGGGUCCGUUUGCCGUGCCAGCGGCGAAGAGGGGGGCGUGGGUGUUGGCGAAUGACCUCAAUCCGAGCAGCUACGAGAGUCUGGCGAAGAAUGCGAGGUUGAACAAGGUCGAGUUGGGAGACAAGGGGAGAAGGGAGCAGGAUGGAGGUUUGGUGGCCAGGUGUAUGGAUGGGAGGGAGUUUGUCAAGUGGAGUAUGGUCGAAACUUGGAACAGAGGAUUUGCGGGCAGGCCGCGGGGUUUCGAUGGUGAAAACGAGGAGGCCGAAGACGAGAGGUUGAGGGAGAGCGCUAGGAAGCAGGUGAAAGAACAGGCAAAGAAGAACCGUGCACUUCACGCCGCCCGUCAAGCAGCACCCACCGACACCACAACCACCGCCACCGCCGCGAUCUCAACCCUCUCCAUCACCGACACACCCGCGCCCCCCAUCGAGCGUCAUCCUUCGCCGCAACUCGUCUCGCACUUCAUCAUGAACCUCCCCGCCUCCGCGCUCGAAUUCCUCGACGCCUUCAUCGGAGCCUACACGCAUCUCUCCAGCAUCGUCGGCAAAGACGCGCUCGUCUCGCACCUCUCGCUCGCCUCCUCCUCUGCGCACCUCCACCCUCUGCCCAUGAUCCACGUCCACUGUUUCUCCAAAGACCCCUUCACGCCGGCACUGGACAUCCUCACGCGCGCCAACGCCGCUCUCUCCCUCCCUCCCCACUCCCCGCACCGGCUUAAAGCGAAACCCAUCCAACCACCUCCGCAGACCUUCGCUGGCCUCCGCAAAUCCUCUUCCACCCAGGACGUAGGGAACUACCUCACCUCCCACCCGAACUACCACAGGUACGCUUCCCUCACAUCGCCGCAGGAGUUCAUGCACGCCGUGGAACAGGAGUGGGUGGAAAGAGAUGCUGGAGAACAUACACCCGAACUGUCCAUCCACUACGUUAGAGAUGUUGCGCCUAACAAGCAGAUGUAUUGCUUGAGCUUCAGAUGCCCCGAGCAGGUGUUGUGGGCCGAUGAGACGCAGCAGGAGUGA